UGACGCGCAUGCGUCCGGAGCUGUCAUCCGUAUUUUUCAUCCCUUGGUUUUGUUCUGCUUUCCCGGUUCGGCUCGGCUUGGGUUUCGGUCCUGGUUCUGCCCCGUCUCUGGUUUAGUUCGCCCAGCUUCUAGUAUCGCCCAUCCCUCCCCGCUGUGCGGCGCUGACUCGUUCACACAGACAGCUGUUCAGAGACAAGGAAAGAUGUCCACCACCGGAGGCGGAGAGUUCGGUAACCCUCUGCGGAAAUUCAAGCUCGUUUUCCUGGGCGAGCAGAGCGUGGGGAAGACCUCCCUCAUCACCAGAUUCAUGUACGACAGCUUUGACAAUACCUACCAGGCAACCAUCGGAAUAGAUUUCCUGUCAAAAACAAUGUAUUUAGAGGAUCGUACGGUUCGACUCCAGCUCUGGGACACGGCGGGUCAGGAGCGUUUCCGCAGCCUCAUUCCCAGCUACAUCCGCGACUCCACCAUCGCGGUUGUGGUAUAUGACAUCACCAACCUAAACUCCUUUCAACAAACCUCCAAGUGGAUCGAUGAUGUCAGAACAGAGAGAGGAAGUGAUGUCAUUAUCAUGCUGGUCGGGAACAAAACAGACCUGGCUGAUAAAAGACAAAUCACCACAGAAGAGGGGGAGCAGAGAGCUAAGGAGCUGAGUGUCAUGUUCAUUGAGACCAGUGCAAAGACUGGCUACAAUGUCAAGCAGUUGUUCCGUCGUGUGGCCGCUGCCCUGCCUGGGAUGGACAGCACACCUGAGAAAAGCAAAGAGGACAUGAUCGAUAUCAAACUGGAGAAGCCGCCUGAACAGCCAGUCUCUGAGACCAGCUGCUCCUGCUAGUCCCGCCCCCCUUUUUCAACAGCUCUUCUCCCAUUGGCCAUUUACACCAACCAUGUCGGACGCCAUUGGCUAGAGAACCUGCUUCCAGGCGGCUCAGUGACUAUCCGGAGUAACCGUGUGGAUGUGCUAUUACAUUUAAACUUGUAUCUAAAUUUUAAAACUAAUCAGUUUAAAACCACCGGAUAAGUUAAAUGCUGAAAAGUUCAAAUCUCAUCUGUUACGACUGCAUGGCGUAUUUAGGAUUGCAGACUGAGAUAGCUUCUCCCACCUCUCUUCAGUUCUUGCACUUUUUUUUUGUUGUUUUUUGGAGCAAAAAUGGUGCCGUUACACUCUUUGUCAUUGUUGAAUUACAAUAAUAAAAAUAUUAUAAUAAAAAAUGUGUGUUUCAAAAAAAAAAAAAAAAAAAAAAAAAUGUGUAUGUUUGAGAGGCCACUGCUGCUGUAGAAGUAAAUCUUUUUUUUGUGUGUGGUUGUUCAUUGUGCAAAGCAGCUCCUUUGUCAUAGGGCAGUGCCCCUGGCUGUAGCAUUAGAAUGCACUGGGCUCUUCUCUGUUUGCUGUCAUUCUUUGUUCUCCAGUAUUGAGAUUGAACUCGUAUUCUCUUUUAAAUGUCUCUAUCUGGCUUUGAGCUGCAUGUCAGACAGUUUAAAUGCAUGAUGUUUUUUAGAGUUGAGAACCAUAGGCAGUGGCAAACAGCUUUUCCCAAUCGAAGCUAAAAAGGUGGCAGAGGCGUUUAAAAAGACAACAUGGUAAAGUAACAAAACUCAGCGCUCACGAGGAGCACUUCUAACGUAAAGGGGAACAAAAUGUAAACUCAUUCAAAAAUAGGGUAAAUAAUUUUAAAAAGUAUUGAAAUGCUAAUACCAGUUUACCAUUAGUUAUUAAGAUGCAAACAAUUGUGUUCCAGAUUCAGAUUGUAUUUCCAUUCUAUUACCCUCGACUAGCUGCCAGUUUAAACCUAAUUUGGCACUCCUGAGAAAAGCCAUCAUCACAGAUGAGGUUUGCAAUCUAUAUUCUUAUUGAUAUUACUGUAUGGGUUAUUAAAUGUGUUAGUUGCCUAUUAGUCCACUUUUAACAAUGCAAUCUUAACUCCUAGGUGGAUGUAAUUAUAUGUAUGAAUGCCUUCUACCGUCAUGAAAAGUUCAUCUAAUAGUCUUUUAGUAAAAAGUAAUGAACAUUACAAAGCAGGACUGGGUGUAUUCAUUUAGAUUGUUUUGUCUUGUGAUGGGCAGCCUAAUCAAGCUGUACAUGGUUUCCUUGAUGCUGAGAGGCAGCUGUACAGUAAGCCUAGGAGUGUCACUGUGUGGUUUUAUCAGGAGCAAAAUCCUGAGAAAAUCCAUUGAAACAAUAAGGCAUGGUUUAUCCUGAUGAGCUUUUAAAUCUUUAAUAAGGCUUGAUUACCAUGGUUUAAUAAGCCUUAGUUAAACACAAUCUGAAGGUUGAACUGACCCCCUGUUGUGCAGUGCAGCUGUCUUGUGUAACAUAAUGUUGUCUAGGGGGUGCACUCCCUUAUUUCUCCUGCAGGAGGCAGGCUUUUGCACACCGAGGCCUUGCGCUUUAAGAACAUGGUUUUCUUGAGAACAUAAGAGGGCUCGAGUUCCCAAAGUGGUUCCUGAUACCAGUUGAUUGAACAGGAACACAAAUGCUGUGCUUAUGCCUAAAAUAGGUGUUGGUUUGCUAAUCGUAGUAGUAGUCAUAGUAGUAUUGUUACAAAUAUUAUUUAUUUGGUUUUUAAUACUUGACUGUUUUGUAUUAUUUGCUUGACCAAAAUGAUGGUAGAGAGGUGGAGUUGAACACGGGGUAUGUGUGCCUGGCCCGGGCAGUAUUUCUGGGAACGCUGUGCCUGGCCCGGGCAGUGUCGCUUCUCUCUCGGCUCUUGUGCUUGAAUGCAGUCCUUUCUUUUCCUCUGUUUGUUAUCUGUGUUAUACAGCAGGCACCGCCUCUGUUGUGUACCAGUGUGUAGUUAGACACCUCCUCACUCGGUAUGAUCUGUCUUCGCUGUAGUUUGUUUGUUAGAUCCCUGGUCUGUAUACUUUGCUUUUUAAAAAAAGAAAAACAUAUAGAUAAAUAUUGAAUUAUUAUUAUUAUUAUUAUUAUUAUUAUUAUUAUUAUUAUUAUUAUUAUUAUUAUUAUUACAUAUUAAAUAGCUAUAUCUAAGCUGGUCACUAUUGCUACUUGUCACUGACUGAAUGUUCAGCUGUGUGCUAUCAGGGGUGUCUGUCAAUUUUAGAUUUUAAACAUGCUGUCUAGUCUUUAGCGAAGUUUCUGUGAAUAAUGUACUAUUACCUGCUGUACAAAAAAAAACACCGAAGUGUAUCACCCAAAAUAAAGUUAAGAGAUUUCACCAAA